GUAUACUUGUUCUUUGCAAGACUGGUGCUGGCGUACAUCGCAAUGCUCGGAUUCCGCAUGUGCAGCCUCCGGCUAUCAGCAGCAAUACGUCUGUCCUACAUGGAGGCUCUGUUUCAGCAGCCCAUCUCUGUUCUUGACGCGCUUCCCCCUGGCCAGACUGCUGCAAUCAUCACCAUCACCGCCAAUGUCCUUCAGAAUGGUAUCUCAGAGCGUCUAGCCACUUUUAUCCAAGCUAUUUCCGUAAUCGUCACAGCUUCGAUCAUCGCGUGUUACUACAGCUGGAGCCUCACUUUGGUUACUAGCUCAGGUCUCGCUGUCAUCACAUUCUGUUAUGCAUUCAUGACCCCGAUUGUUGUCAAGAAAUACCAGCAGAUUCAAGACGUUGAGAAAGAAGCUUCCGGGGUUGCUAAUGAUGCAUUUCUCUCGGUCAGAAUGGUCGCCGCCUGCGGUGCCGAAGGAAAGGUCGUGGAGAGCUAUAACCGCCUUGUGGAGAAAGCCGCUGCUCAUGGACACAAAAUGUCUCCGAUCGCGGCGUGGCAGCACUCGCCUGUUUUCUUCUGCAUCUUCGCCACUUUCGCGUUGUGCUUCUGGUUCGCGGUCAAGCUCUACUUGGGUUUUCACUUCUCCAAUGUGAAGACACUCGUCAUCGUGUUGAUGUCAGUAAUGACUAUCCUUUCUCACAUCACCGCGAUUGCUGUUCCAUUAAUGGCUGCGUCACACGCUCUAAACGCAGCGGCUAUCUUCUUUGCUGUCAUAGAUGCACCGAAGCCCAAGACUGGCGGGAAGACCCAUCCAGAAGUCAAAAUGGAUGAUGGUAUUGUGCUUGAGAAGGUCAACUUUGCGUACCCGACCAGACCAGAUGUCAAAGUCCUUAAUGGGCUCGAUUUGAAGAUACCAUAUGGAAAGACCACGGCUAUUGUAGGUCCAUCGGGCUCAGGUAAAAGCACAGUGGUUGGUCUACUUCAGCGAUGGUACCAGCUAGACGGAGACAUGUCCACGAACCCUUUGACACUAUACUUCCGCAAUGGAAGUAUCAAAACCGAAGGCCUGAACAUCCAUGACAUCGAGCUUACAUGGUGGAGGUCACAGAUUGGGCUCGUCCAGCAGGAUCCUUUCCUUUUCAACGACACCAUACUCAAGAAUCUCGAACUUGGGCUAGUGGGCACUGAAUGGGAGCAUGUAGAGACAAAGGAGAAGCGGCGACUGAUCGAGCAGGCAUGCAUAGAAGCGUAUGCACAUGAUUUCAUCACUGCGCUACCCGAGGGUUAUGAAACCCAAGUGGGAGACAACGGCAUCAAGCUUAGUGGCGGCCAACGACAAAGAAUAGCCAUUGCACGGAGCAUCGUCAAGAACCCGAAGAUAUUAAUAUUUGAUGAAGCCACCAGCGCACUGGACGUGGCAAGUGAACGUAUCGUUCAGGAAGCUCUGGACAAGGUGGCGCAUAAUCGGACUACAAUCGUUAUCGCGCAUCGUCUGUCGACAAUUCAAAGAGCGGACAACAUUGUUGUUCUGGCGAAGGGAAAGGUCAUUCAACAAGGGGACCACAACACCCUCCUUGCAGACAAGGGCGGCGCAUAUUGGAAGCUUGUACAUGCGCAACAGCUCGUGCAAGAAACGAAGACAAAUCCAAGCCUUCCAGCUUGGGAAAGAUUUCUUUCUGAGAAACGAUUGUCUGUCCGCACUAGCAUUGUCUCCGAGAUGGAGAUGUUGACACCUAUGGAACUAUUAAUGUUCUCCACGGAGGAUAAUACUACCAAAGGCAACAAUGAUAGUUUCUUUCGGAGCUUCGGAACACUGAUGAUGGAACAAAAGAACAACCUGGGAUGGUACUUAGUGAUGCUCCUGACGGCAGCCGGUGCUGGUUCCAGCUAUGCCAUACAAUCGUAUCUGUUUGCACGAUUGAUUACCUCUUUUGGUUUCUGGGGAGAUUACCUUCGCAGAUCCACCAACUUCCUUUGCUUGAUGCUCUUUAUUGUAGCCAUUGGGGUCGGUCUUUGCUAUUUCAUUCUCGGCUGGGUAUCCAACAUGGUAUCCACGUCGCUAUAUCGCAAGGAGUACUUCCGCAAUAUCAUUGCGAAACCAAUCUGCUUCUUCGACAAGGAGGAAAACUCAGCUGGUACCCUUACAGCAAGGUUGGCAACUGACCCCACCCAGCUGCAGCAACUUCUAGGCAUGAAUAUGGCCAUGGUGUUCAUCUCAAUCUUCAACGUCAUAGGGUGCACGUCAAUCUCGAUAUAUUUCGGUUGGAAGUUUGCGCUGGUUAUCAUCGCAGGGUCCAUGCCAAUCAUACUUGGGAGUGGCUACUACCGAGUUCGCCACGAGGUCAAGUUUGAGUCUCGAAACAACGAAGUCUUCGCCGAAAGCGCGAAGUUUGCGACAGAAGCUAUUCGUGCCAUCCGUACAGUUGCCGCUCUCACUCUAGAAAAGACCAUCUGCUCAAGGUAUGAAGCCCUGUUGAACGAUCACAUCAAGAAGUCGUUUACCGAAGCACGCUUUUCGAUGAUCCUGUUCGCUGCUAGCGAUAGCCUGGUCUUGCUGUGCAUGGCCUUCGCGCUAUGGUACGGUGGGACGCUACUGUCCACGUUUGAGUACCACCCUUUCAACUUCUUCGUCAUUUACUACGCUAUAUUACAGGGCAGUAUGGCAGCUGGCCAGUGGCUCAGCUUUGGCCCGAAUAUUGCACAAGUAACUGCGGCAGCUACGAGGAUCCACAGCAUGAGAACCGGAGCACCUCAUCCCCACUCCAGAGCCUCCACACGCCCCACACGACCAGAUACAGCUGUUUCCAGCCGUUAUAUGAUCCCACUUACGACAAUACAAAAGGGAGCCGAUAUCUCUUUUCGAGACGUCUGGUUCACCUACCCAACUCGACCCAAUCCGGUCUUGAAAGGACUCAACUUCACCAUCCGUCAUGGCCAAUUCGCUGCUUUUGUCGGACCUUCUGGCUCUGGAAAGACAACUAUCGUCUCUCUGCUCGAGCGCUUUUACGAAGCUCAAUGUGGAAGCAUACUGUACAACUCGGACGAUAUUAGGUUUAUCUCUCUACGAAGGCAUCGUGAGCAGUUGUCUCUCGUAGCGCAGGAGGCAUCACUAUUCCGGGGAACAGUUCGCUCAAACAUCCUUCUAGGUGUCGAUGAGCGAAAAGUCACAGAUGAUAUGCUUCACAGUGCCUGUCGCGACGCAGGCAUCCACGAUUUCAUCGCAUCGCUUCCACAAGGUUAUGAGACCGACGUGGGUACCAGUGGUGUUGCCCUUAGCGGAGGACAGAAACAACGCUUGUCAAUUGCUCGUGCACUGAUCCGAGAUCCAAGCGUUCUGCUCCUCGACGAAGCAACGAGCAGCUUGGACUCAGAAACUGAGAGAGAAGUACAAGAAGUCUUUGAGAGAACCGCAAGUGGAAGAACGAUGGUAGUUGUUGCACAUCGGCUUGCGACUGUGCAGAGGGCCGACGUGAUAUUUGUCAUGCAAGACGGCAGGAUAGUAGAGCGCGGAGAUCAUCAGAGCCUACUCGCUGCUCGAGGAUGGUACUGGCAGAUGGUAAGUCUUCAAUCACUUGAGCUAUUUUCACCGUACUCAUAUUAUCGCAGUGUCAAGCCCAGGCUACGCUUUGAACUACUUCAUUUUCAUUGGUUCAAGUAUUGUAUUGCCUUUGCGUUCGUCUGAAAGAGCCUCGCAGCGAUUGUUUGCCAAGAAUAUCUGGAACGCUGUCACAUGUAACGAAUUCUUGGAAUGCUACC